UCUGCUUCAGGGGUGGGAAUAUAAACGGGGGCAUUUUUCUAGACUAUGAUUCCCAUAUUCCUUCAAGUGGUGGUUAGAAAUUUGGGAGUGGUCAAUAAAAAAGUAACUUUUCCAAGCUUUGUGACGGAAGCAUAUCCAGGGGUACAAAGUCCUCCUUCUUCCGAAAUACUACAAUUCCCAGAAUCCACAGCCUUCAGUGCAGUGACUGGGAUGGCGGGAAUUGUAGUCUAAAAUAGUUACGGAUCCAAACCGUGAAAAAGACGAAUCAAGAACGUGGAGACCUUUUUAUUGUUGGACAGCAAUACCGGUGGUCGCCCUGGCUGGGCAUUCUGGGAGUUGUAGUAGGUGGGGGGAAAAGAAACCUUUCCAAGCCUCUCCAACCUGUGAGUAGCGUGUUUGCCCACCCCUGCCAGUGGGAGUCAGGUGGCAGCUUGGCCUGAAAGGAACGGGCGUUACAUUCCUGAGAGGGAACGAAGCUGGGCUGGGCUGAAGGAGCGACAACCUUCAGAACAAAGGCAGCUCCUCUGAGCAAAGGCGUUACUUACUCCUCCUAGCGUUACUUGCUCCUACCUGAUGAGAUCUGGCCUCCUAUUUUUUCCAUCUGACUUUCUCUGGAUCCUGUACAAGAUUGAUUCCGGAUCGAUCUUCUGCCACUUUCUUCUGAAUCCACAGGAAUCUGCUUCUUCAAAAUAGCAGGAAAAAUGUCAAAGAGAAGAAACGAACAAGGAGGACAUCAAGAACCAGAGAAAGGGGCUGAAUGUUUGGAUGCCGGAGAGGGUGUUGAGAAUCAAGAUACAAACAGGAAGCUUGGAGGAAAGCAAGUAGAGGAGAAGAUGGACAUAUCCAUGGCUUGUCCAGAGGAAGUCCAAGUCCAUCAGACAAAAUCCAAGAGACAGCAAAGCCAUGAAUGCCCCGAGUGUGGGAAAACAUUUCCCCAUAAAUCAGCUCUAGAUCGCCAUGAGAAAGUUCACAAAGGGGAGAAACCAUUUACAUGCCUGGAAUGUGGAAGGGGCUUCAGUCAGUCUGCAAACCUUGCUAAACACUUCAGUAUCCAUACAGGUGAGAAACCAUUUGAAUGCUUGGAAUGUGGGAAAACCUUUAGACUGAGAGAAAUUCUUAUUAUUCAUGAACGAACUCACUCAGGAGAGAAGCCAUUUGAAUGUCUGGAGUGUGGAAAAAGCUUCUGUCACCGUGCACAUCUUAUUAGGCAUCGCAGGACUCACACAGGUGAGAAGCCAUUUAAAUGUCUGGAGUGUGGAAAGAGUUUCAGUCAAUCUGGAAACCUUGCUACACAUCUCAGGACCCACACAGGUGAGAAGCCAUGUGAAUGUCUGGAUUGUGGGAAAACCUUUGGACAAAGAUCACAUCUUACAACCCAUGAAAGAAUUCAUUCAGGGGAGAAGCCAUUUAAAUGUCUGGAGUGUGGAAAAAGCUUCAGUCAAUGUACAGCACUUGCAAUACAUCACAGGAUCCACACAGGUGAAAAACCAUUUGAAUGCCGGGAAUGUGGGAAAAGCUUUGGGCUUAGAGCACAUCUUACAACCCAUGAAAGAAUUCAUUCAGGGGAGAAACCAUUUAAAUGUCUGGAGUGCGGAAAAAGCUUCAGUCACCGUGGAGACAUUGUUAGGCAUCACAGAAUCCACACAGGGGAGAAACUAUUCAAAUGUAUGAACUGUGGAAAGACUUUCAGUCAGAGUGCCAACCUUGCUACACACCUCAGGAGCCACACAGAUGAGAAGCCAUUUGAAUGCCAAGAAUGUGGAAAAAACUUUCGAAUGAAAAUAUCCUUCACUAAUCAUCAAAGAAUUCACAGGGGGAAGAAACCUGACAUAGGUCUUGUGUGUGGAAAGAGCUUCAUUUGUGGUGUCAAUCUUAUUAAAGAUAAUCACAUCCACAAUGGGGAGAAAACCUUUAAGUGUCUGAGGUGUGGAAAGUGUUUCAGUCAAAAGUCAAGACUUGCUAUCCAUCAGACCAUCCACAUAGAAAAGAAACCAUUUAAGUGUCCAGAGUGUGGAAAGGCUUUCAGAAAGAAGUCCCAUCUGGAGGUGCAUUGUAGAACUCACAUUGCAGAGAAAAGUUAUAAAUGCCCUGAGUGUGGAAAAAGGUUAAAGUCAGGUCAGACCCUUAGAAUAUACCGAAGAGUCCAUACAGGGGAGAAACCCUUUAAGUGGCAGGAGAGUGGAAAGAAGUUCCGUCAGAGAGGUAAACUUACUAUGUGUUACAGAAUCCACACAGGGAAGCAGCCCUUUAAAUGUCUGGAGUGCGGAAAGAGCUUCAAUUGAAGGCACCACCUUCAUUCCCUUUAAAUCGGGGUCCCCAACCUUUUCCGAACCAU